UUUUCAGAAAAAUAUUUAAAAAAAUCGGGCGGAGGUGCAACGAAAAGGGUCUUGCCGGUUCGAUGGAAUGGAUUGGAGUGAAAUAAACUGAAACGCUGUGGUCGCUGAUGAAAAUUUCGAGAAAUCACGAAAAAUGGAUCACAGAUGACGAAUUCGCAGCGGACGAGGAAGCGAUGUCGAUCAUGAUACUUAACUUGCAAUUGCUCGGUUUGUUGGGAUCGCUUCCAGGAGGAAUCGGAAGGAUGUAUCGAACAAGCUGGAAGCCAUGUCUACGCCGCUUAGGAUGACGACGCCGCUUGGUGUAUCCUUAUCAUCCGACCUGAAACGUGCCUUGCAAGACAAUGAAAAGCUGACAAGGGACGUGAGCGAUGCAAAACUUUUGAAAGAAGAUGCUGAAAUAAAACUGAAAAAAAUUAGGAAUAAGCUUAAUGGAGAGCACUCUGAAAAGUUGGGAAAGUUGAAUGAUAAGUACAAGGCUGUACAAGAAGAACUGAAAACGAUGAAACAGAGUUGGACGCAGUUGAAACGGGAGAAAGGAGUUUUGGAAACUGAAAACCGUCGUUUGGAAACUGCAAAAAGUGAAUUAGAUCGGCAACUUUUAGGAAAAAAUGAUGAAUUACGAAUGGCAGAUGUGGAAGGCAGAGGUGUUCUCAAAAGCUCUCUUGAGAAACAGCUAUGUGAGGAGCUGAAAAAGAACAACGAAGAUAUGAUGUACGUGUGCAAUUUGCUGAUCGUUUCCGAAGAUGCUCAUUUCCACAGAGUUCAAAAUUGCUGCAUUGUCACUUUGGCUUUCUAUCAUGCCCACGAUUUCAUCCGUAUCGAAGAGGUCAGUUGUAGUUUGUAGCUCUCGACACCUGCAGGGUGAAAACCGGUAGAUGUCGGGCGCUGCGGAAAAGGAUGCACCCACUGAAAGAGAGGCUUUCCCGGCAGGACGGACACGUCGAUUCACUGAUGGUGCAAGUGAAGAAAGCAUAUGCUCUGUCACUUAAUACCAUGUGUUUUCUCAAGAUUCUAGAUGACUUUGAUUAUAAAAUAAAGAGUUGUAUUGAAAU